AUUGUGAGCAGGCAUAGGGGUGGUGUGUGUGUGGCUGUGGUCACGGACAACUGAAGCGGACCAAAGUGUGGGCGUCAGCGCUAAGGCAGUAGAAAUUGGCUUCUUGUCAUCACAUAUUCAGGUACUAGAUACUUUCCACCAGAAAGAUGACAGAACGGAAAUAUGACCUUGUGGUUCUCGGAGCUACUGGAUAUACCGGCCAGUAUGUUGCCGAAGAAGUUGGCCGAAUUGUUGAGAAGCAGCCCAGCCUGACAUAUGCCUUUGCUGGCAGGAACAAGGAGAAGCUUGAACGCACACUGGAAACUGCCCGGGCCAACACAGGCCUGGACCUCGCCAAAGCGGAGCUCCUUGUAGUUGAUGUAAAUGAUGAAGAAAGUCUUAAAAAGAUGGCAGCUCAGACCAAGAUAGUCAUUAACUGUGUGGGACCUUACCGCUACUAUGGGCUGAAGGUGGUGAAGGCUUGUGUGGAGGAGGGAGCAAACCAUGUAGACAUCAGCGGAGAGCCCCAGUACUUGGAGCAGGCACAGCUGGAGUACUCAGAGGCAGCACGGGAGGCGGGUGUGCAUGUGGUGGGGUCCUGUGGCUUUGACUCCAUCCCAGCUGAUUUAGGCACCACUUUUCUGCAAGAGGUGUUUCCAGGAGAUGUGAACUCUGUGAAGGCUGUUGUUACUAUGGAUGAUGACUCGGAGGGUAAAGCCUCCAUCAACUUUACUACCAUGGAGUGUGCAGUGUUGGGACUCGCUCACAGCAACGAGUUGAAGGGGGUACGGAAGAAGCUUUUCACAACUCCACUCCCCAAGCCUUCCUUCAAGGCAGAGCCACGAGGCAAGCUGUUCCAUAGUGACGAGGCAAAGCGGUGGUGUGUGCCCAACAUGGCAGCGGAUCACUCUGUGGUGAUGAGGACUCAGAGGAUCCUGUACGAGAAGGAACAGAUGAGGCCUACCCAGUUCCAAGUUUACUUUGGCAUGACUCGCUUCAAUGCUGUAUUGUCCAUCUUCUUUGGCAUCUUAUUCUACAUUCUUACCAAGAUUUCCUUCACCCGUAGUCUUUUGCUGAAGUAUCCAGAAUUCUUCACUGGAGGAGUGGUCACUCGCCAGGGACCCAGACGCUCUGAUCUGACAGGGUUGAAGUUUUUGGUUGUGCUGACAGGGAAGGGUUGGGACAGGAAGCUGGAGGAUCCUGCACAGCAACACACAGAACCACCAAAUGUCACCAAGACUGUCAGGGUAAAGGGGCCUGACCCUGGCUACUUUGGCACUGCUAUCCUGGUCACACAGAGUGCCUUGACCAUCCUGGAGGAGAAAGACAAGCUGCCACAAGAGGGCGGUGUGUUCCCUCCAGGGGCAGCCUUCCUCAAGACCUCCCUGCGUCAGCGCUUGGAAAAGAAGGGGAUCCAAUUUACUGUUGAUGAAUAAUACUUAUAUGGAGAUGUCCUAAAAGUCUUCCUUGGUGUCCAUGUUUGUUUGAACUGCUACAUGGUGUAUGUACAUGGUGUCUUAUUAUCAGUAAUAUGGUAUACUUUUCUGGGAAUAGCUUUGGCUUUUAACAUAUUAACUGAACUGCCAGGUAUUGGUAGUAAUCAUGUUGACUGCUGUGGCUGUGAAUUUAUAACUAUUUCAUUGUUGUGUAUUUUUUAUUAGGAAUUAAAACAAUUAUUUUUUUGAUGUACUUAAGUACAGAAUUAUAUAAUCUACUAGUUGAACAAAUAAUAAAUGAGAAGCAUUCAA